GCUGCCAACAUAGGACAAUGAAGACCUUGGUGUUAGUGUUGGUGGCAGCGUUGGCCACAGGUCAACAGUUCCAGCAGACUGACAUUUUCGACAUUGCUGUAAAACUUGCUGAACCUGGUUUCUUCAGUUCUGGCUUGACUGGGAAAGGCGGCCAGUUCCAAAUCAGUAGCCAGAUUCAGAACACUGGCACUGGAGCCCAGUUUAGUUCUCUCAAUUCAGGAAACAGUGGGCUCCAGGCUGGUUUGCAGAGUGGUGGAUUUGGUGUAAGCGGCAGUGGGUUCCAAUUUGGGUCUGCUGGCAGUGGUUCAACUGGUUCUGGAUUCCAAUCUGGUUCAUCAGGCACUGGUUUCCAACCUGGAUCAACAAGUGGUAGAUUCCAAUUUGGUUCAGUAUCUGGCACUGGACUCCAGUCUGCCUUAUCAACUGGUACUGGAUCAACAGGUAGUGGUAGAUUCCAGUCCAGUUCAACAUCUGGAUCUGGAUUCCAAUCCGGUAAAGGAAGCAGUGGAUUCCAAUCUGGUACAGGCAGCAGUGGAUUCCAAAUUGGAACAAGCAGCAGUGGAUUCCAAUCUGGUGCAGGCAGCAGUGGAUUCCAAUCUGGUACAGGCAGCACUGGAUUCCAAUCUGGUUUAACAAGUGGCAGUAAAUUCCAGUCUGGCUCCUCAACUGGCUCUGGAGUUCAGUCAGGUUUAUCAGGCAACACCGGAUCUCAAAUGGCUCAUCCUUCGGUUCAGCAACUGGCUCUCGAUUCCAGUCAGGUAUAAGCAGCGGUGGAUUCCAGUCUGGUUUAACAAGUGGCAGUAAAUUCCAGUCUGGCUCCUCAACUGGCUUUGGAGUUCAGUCAGGUUUAUCAAGUAACACUGGAUCUCAAAUUGGCUCAUCCUUUGGUUCAGCA